GUAAGAAGGAGGAGGCGGGCAGGUGGGCGGUGGUUGCCUGGCGAUCGCGACUGGAGAGGUUGGCCCAGGGCCCCGAAGUCCACCCACCACCGCCUGGAACCCACGCCCUUGCGCUCCCAGGUCUGCGGUAGUGGUUGGUUACCAUGGUGAAGCUGGCAGCCAAAUGCAUCCUGGCAGGAGACCCGACAGUGGGCAAGACCGCCCUGGCCCAGAUCUUCCGCAGUGACGGGGCCCACUUCCAGAAGAACUACACCCUGACAACAGGGGUGGACUUGGUGGUGAAGACGGUGCCAGUUCCUGACACGGGCGACAGCGUGGAACUCUUCAUCUUUGACUCUGCCGGCAAGGAGCUGUUUUCUGAGAUGCUGGAUAAACUGUGGGAGAGUCCCAACGUCGUCUGUCUCGUCUAUGACGUGACCAGUGAGCAGUCCUUCACCAACUGUAGCAAGUGGCUGGAGAAGGCUCGGGUGCAGAUACCAGGCACCUGCCUCCCAGGUGUGUUAGUGGGGAGUAAGACAGACCUGGCCAGCAGACGAGCAGUGGACCCGGCGCAGGCCCGGGCGUGGGCGCUGGGCCAAGGCCUGGAAUAUUUUGAAACUUCGGUGCCUCGGGGUGACUGCAGGCCACAAAAUGCCCUCCGGUGAGACCAGCAGGAGGCCUCGUUACGUGGGAAAGUGGAGCUCUGUCCCCUCUUCAGUCUGUCCUGACAAGGGCUAUCUGGUGCUGCUGAUGCCCUGGAGCCCAGGCAGGCAUGUGUGCAAGGGUCGCCCUGCAGGAGCAGGUGUGGCCCAGAAACAUCCGUCUCAACCCGGCCGAAGCCGAGAAGCCGGCUGUCUUGCCCUCUCUAGGCCGCUGGGGGACCUGCCAGGCCUGGAGGCCUCGCUUUGUGGCCUCCAGGCCUGGGGGUUGCUCCAAAGAGUUGGCGUGCUAGUUCAUAGCCAGGAGCUCUGCUCCAGCUCUACUUCAGCUCCAGACUCUCGAGUCGCUGCCUCUGCAAAACUCUGGCCGCUUCGCUGCCGUAUAAACGGGGCUUGUCCACCCCUCAAGGCAGGUGCUUCCGUAAGGACAGCUAGCAUCGAAGGCCUGCUCUGGCCUCCGGAGUCCAUAGCUGCACUAGCUGUGGGGCCCUGGGCGCGCUCCUGCCUCUGCAGGCUUCUCACCUGGAAAAUGGGAUAAUAAAAUGGAUCACUCAGUGAGUUAAAAAUACAGAAUUAAGUAAAAUGGUGAAUAUAAAAUGCUUAGUGCAAAGUCUGGUGCAUAGUAAACAGUGUUAGCUUUUUUUAAAGUAUAAAUGUCCCCCCUAGUAAUCGCGUUUAUACCGUUCUUACUUACUAAAGCUUGUACUUACAGUUGUAGAGAUAAAUAUUUGUCACCCUUGCCUCCGGACCAAGGAUCACAAACGCUAAAUUAAUGAAAUCCAAAUUAGUGGGCCUCUACUAGAUGCCAGCUCCCUCCUGUUUUAUGCAAAACCCCUUUGGGCCAAGCACUGAGCUCCACAGCCCAUGGGACACGGUGUCCCCGUAGUCCCACUUCCUCAGUUUGCAUCAGUGACGUGUCCCCCACCGCAGUAUCCCCCUGUUUCCCGGAACUCCUGAUGGAACUCCGAAACCAGAGCUCAUCCCAGCACGGUAGUCACCAAAGCCACUGGGUGCGUGUUGAAACUCCGAUCAGGUGUUGGGACAUAAAUUCUGCUUGAGGAGGCGCAGUUAAGCACUCGAUGUUAACUGUGCAAGUUAACUAGUCCCCCUGAGUGGAUGCUCACAGAAGCACCACUGGAGCCCGGUUCAGAAAGCUGUGAUUGAAAUGCUGUUGGAGACACAGCCCCGUCCUGACACCAAGGCCGCCGCCGCCUCUCUUCUGAAACACAGCAGUGGUCAUCCCGCUGACCCAGAGGAGGGCCUACAUGGUUCAUUGACUGUCUAACACCCUUCCAUGGCGGAAAUUGUUAGGCCCAAAAGUUCAAAAGCAUUUCUUUAAUCAGAAUUGACACAACACAGACACAUUGUUCUCUGUAAGAAGCUGGACGUUAGUGAAUGUGAGCGAGAAGGACCCGUAGGGAUACUGCCCUCCUAGACAGGCAAGGUGGAGGGAGCCGAUGUGAGUCAGAGCCCUACUGUGUGCUAGGUACACACGUGACCUAUUUAGGCUUCACAGCUGCGCCACAGAGCAGCCACUCCUGGCCUGUCCAGACCCAGGUUGUGCCGCACUCCCUGGUGGCACAGCCAGUGAGGGACAGAGCCAGCACUAGGCCCCAGGGCUGUUCAGCUUGAACGCUGGGCCUUCUGCAAGAGCCCGGCCUCCCACAGAGCCCACCUGGGACUCUCGGGCGGAAUUCUAGGCCAGAUUGAGCACCACUCUAAGCCCACUCCGAGACCACGAGCCCUCCUCUAAGCAGGCCAGCUCUACAGGUGUCCCAGCUACCUAUGUGACAUUAUGCUCAGUCCCUUGACAAGAGAUGCCCGUCACUGGCAACCCUCUCACUGCAUCCGGGAAACGGUUCACUUUGCAGCUACUUGAGAGCACUCCAUGGUGCCUGUGGAGACUUGUCUGCUUCAAGUUUCUUACUUUGUAUGUUGCGUUCUUCCAACAUUGUGCUUUGGAGAGCUGCAGAAUCCACUCGGAAAUCCUCAUACGUGUGCUCUCUGUCCAUUCGGUACUUAACUAUCCUCUCUCAUGUCCUGUGGUGACUGCUUGACAUCAGCAUUGCCAGGUCACACUGCACCACUGGGGGCGCUGUGCAGAUGCAGCUGAGCCCUGUCCCAUGUCCGACUGGAGAGGACAACCCUUGGGUGGUGGCAGCCGUGGGCUCGGCACAGACGCUGGUCUGGGCCGCAUGCUGCCUCCUUAGCACACUCUGGACCGGGCCCCUCUGCUUUGGUCUUGGCCAGCUGCUUCCUCUGCUUAGGAUUCCCUUGCCAGGAAGCCCAGGGAACCAUCGCAAGAUGGUUGCAUGCUUCUGUCACUGUGGCUGACAUAGCGGACAGCUGUGUACCUCCAACUACAGAACCUGGGUGCUAGGGUGCUAAUCAGGGCUCCUCCCCAACUGCCAGGCCCCUUCACCCCAGGGCUGUGGACCGUUCACCGUGCUGGAUAACUUCAGAAAAGUCCUUCGGUUUGGAAAUACUUCCAUUUCAUUGCAAUGUCACUGCCCCCUUCUAGGCUGCAUUUCUGUCUGCUGCCAGUACUGCUUCAGAACGGGCUCCUGUGCGUCCCCAGCUUGGGCUGCUGGCUUGCAAGUAGUGGGUUAUUUCUUUUGCCAACUUAUUUCUUAAAAAGAAAAUAAAUAGGGCCUCAGGUGGCAUGGUGGUUAAGGCAACUGGAUCUCUUAUAGCCGACCCUGCAAUUUGAGUUUCUGACCUGAUGGCUUGAAAAAUCACACUUGGCAUGCAUGCAUGCGUGCCCCAAAUCCUGA